UGCAGAAUGAAAGAGAAGCACUCAUAUCAUUCUCAAGUGCUUAGUGCUGCAUCGCUAAAACAAUGCAAACUGGUUACUUAAAUUUACAAAAACAACUCUGGAGUAAAUUCAUUAAAAGCGGACGGUCUCAGCGCAUAGAUUUAUUCAUAUCAGAGCUUUACAAGAUGUAGUAAUUAACAGCGGUGAAAGUGUCGUUUACUUACUGAGGAUUUAAUACUACAUGGAUUAGGCUUCUUUAGAUCCCAUAUUAAAAGGAAAACUUUCCCCAUACCUAAGGGGCUAAGCCGACCCUAUCAUUGUAAUCCCGCCCACCGCCGGGACCCAGCAUUUGCAUGUAAAACACACAAGUCACGGGAAAACUUAAUUAUAUCAAAAUAACAAAUACAGCAGAAAGCGGGAUUCGAGGAAAGGGGAGAGAUGCGUGUGGAUGCGGCCGCGCAGGACUGGAAAUGGGACUGCAGUCGGAAAAGUGGUGCUUUUUAGAAGUCGAUGCAGGGGCUGCGGAGCCGACGAAGUCAGGAGAAAAGUUUGACCAAACUUUGAGCCCUUUUCUGUGGAUGGGUGGGAGUGCAGCGGAACCGCGCAGCGGAAAGCGUAGAAUGCGGCUUUCCCCCCCCUCUCGCACGGACUAAUAUCUAAUUCACCCGUUUUCGCGUGAAUAGCCGCUCCGCUGCUCUUUUUGCAAUUUCCACGCACCGAGCGGUGGGUACAUGGCUGUUUGAGGCAGUUUCCUGCACCAUCUCGGAAGAAGGAUCGCCUUCAGCUAUGGAAUAGAAGGUGGGCAGAAACAAAAGGAGGACAUGCACUAUGGAGAAGAAGGUAUCCGUGCACAGGAACGUCUCUUUCAAAAAGCUGGACAACUGGAGCGCCAACAGGACUGCUUCUGGAGCAGAGGAUCAACAACACAAAUCAAGCGACUCGGACGGGAGUGCCCUUCCCCCCCCGGUCUCCGCUCCCCCUCCAGCUCCAGAUCCUCAGACCGCAGUGGAGAAAGCGCAGCCGUCGGCAGCGCCAAGAAAAGUUUCCAAGAUUUCGGCGGCCGGGCUCCGAAGCGCAGAUCUGCACAAAGGCUCCCCCCACGCAGUAUCGCCCUCCAUACGGCAGCUGUCGGUGAGGUUCAACAGAAGCUCGGACGUAGAUACACGCCUGGAAGGGGCGCAGCUUUCGCGGAGAAUACCCAGAGCAGACGCUGGGUAUCUGGCGGCUCCCGACGCCGAGUUUGUGGCCACUUUAGCGGAUGGUGUUCCGGAGCAGAGCUGCUCAUCGUGUGACCCGGUUCCCGGUUCCUAUCCCGAGAGAACUCAAAGACCGACGACUGACAGCACGGCGGAUACGGUCAGGGGCGGAGGUAAGAGAGAUCCUUUGCAAGUGCCCGCUGCCCCCCGCGAUCCCAAAUCUUUAAAUUCGGGAAGAGACGCGUUUGCUGCCGGAACUGCGCCUUGCAGGGCGCACCGGGGAUACUUUUCGACCCAUGGCGAAUUGUUUCAUGUGGACCUGACGAACUGGCCAAGUGUGCCUAAAAUUAGAGAACUGUUUGGGGACAGUAACAGGAAAAAGUACAGGUCCACUUCCGACGGCGACGAACCAAAACCUGCUAGUCACUGGGGCCCUGGGGUCCAGGAUACGUUUCGACCGGACCACAGAGAAGGGCAAACCAGCCGGGUACACAUUCGGCAGGAAGAUAAUGGUCCAGAUCUUAAUGCCCCCUCAGCUAAGGGAGGUGAGCACCUCCUGAGCUGCUUCCGGAGCCAAUAUCAGGGUCUGAACUCUCAUUUUAAAACAAGACACUACUCAGACGAGGGACCGGACCCCCACGAGACCCGUGAAGAGAGUCGGGGCCCCAAGCCCGUUCCGCCGGCACCCCCGCCUCGCAGCAGCUCUGUGGCCCCCCGACUGCCAAGCUGUGUACUCUCACCGGGACGACAGCAGCACCCGCAGGAGCAGACACAGCCACUGGAUAGCUUACAUUCCUCGCAUAGUUCCUGUAAACCACAGGCUGCCCCCUCUGUGGCACCAGCGCAUUCGGGUCCCAGCUCGGGUGAGGAAGGCGAGGAGGAGGAAGGGUGUAGCCGGGGAAGCAGGGGAAGUCACUCAUACGGACGUGCUGGGGCAGCUGUAUCUUUCUCCCGAAACAAAAAUGGCACCCGGGCCAGAUCCCCAGGGAGGUCAUCGGGCAGUGAGGAGGACAGCCCUGUGCCAGUAAGCCCCGGCAGAGACAACAGCAGGAGGAGAUCCCUAAGGAGGAAGAAGAGGAGCAACAGUGGGGCGGGGCCGACCAAGGACUAUGGGCAGUCGGACGACAGCGACGGGGUCCCUGUGAUGGAGCCCGGCAAGCGAUUCCAGCCCCCGGGGGAUGGGGAGCAUGUGGGGUGGCGCUCCGAUAGGCCCAAAAGCAGGCAUUGCUUGUCGGGGCAGCCCUGGGAGCGCCCUGGCAGGCUCUACAGGGGGGUUUCCGAUGGGGUUACCCCCACCCCUGUGCCGGUGGUGUCCCGGGUGUCCAAAGUCAGCAUCCCUUCCUUCAGCCCGUGUGGCUCCAGAAGCAGCAGCAGGUACUCCAGCACAGAGACGUUGAAGGAUGAGGACCACUCAUCUGCUGCCGGAGGUACCUCUGGGACAUGCAAGGCCUUCCACGGCAACUUCACCAUGUACAGGUCACCCAGCCUCGGCUAUGGGGACAAUUUCCCUCGUACCCGUGUCUGGUCCAGACCCCUGUUAACUACAGGUGGUGGUGAGAACACAGCCUCGGAGACUUGGGGUCUGCGUCGCGGCCUCAGCAGCGAGAAGGAGAAGCAGCGGAUGUCCAUGUCGAACCCAGACAUCACCUCAGAGACACUCAGUCUGCUCAGCUUCCUCAAGACAGACCUGUCUGAGCUCAAGGUUCGAAAGAAAGGGCGUGUGGGCGCAGAUCAGAAUGAAGACGGGUGCAGGUUAAACUCAGCCGCCUCCCCAGUGUAUAAAAUGGGGGCCAGGAGCCAGGGAUCUGCACAGGGCCGCCUGUCCCUCAAGGACCUCACCGCCACCCUUCGACGUGCCAAGUCAUUCACUUACUCUGACAAGCCACUAGGGCGGCGCUAUUUCCCUGGUGUGACGGCGAAGAGGAGCAACUCAGAGCAGCACCUGGACAUACCUGGGGAUGGGGAGGCACUGGUGCCCGACAGGGAGGUACAAAGCGAUGACUGCCAGAGGGACUACGACUACGAGGAACAGAUGCCCACACCUCUGCAAGACCAAUACAUCCAGGAGGCACGACAGGUGAUUCGGGACAUCUGUCAGAUGGGGGCUCGGGAUGAGGAUUUAUUUGGGAUGGAUCGGGAGGACGAUGAAAAUUUCCGAAGAAAAGACGAUGAAGAGAAAGAGGAGCAGGAUGAACGGAGGAGUGGAGAUGUAGCAGAGAAGGACACAGCCAUGUCAGUUUCAGGAGAGAUGCAAGACGGUGAGAAGCUUUCAGGAAAGGGGGGAUCUGAUGAGAAUGUGUUUUAUGACAAGUCCAUGGAUGAGUCAUCCGGGCACGAGUCCAGCCUGACCGACGAAGGGAUAGUGACUGAGCCCGAGACUGGCUCAUGCAGAGCUUCGUCAGGCACAGACCUCCUGGGGCAAACGUUGACUGCAUGGAGCCAAUCGGGCCUGUACCAGGAGGGGCCACCAGAGUUGAAGCCGGAGAAGAUUGUCCCAACGCCGGCAGUGAGGACGGAAUAUGAAGCCGUGGCAAUCGUCAGUGAGCCAGGGCCUCACAAAGACACCAGCCCAGGGCCCCUAGAAACCCCCUCCACACCCAGCACCCUCCGUCGCAGGAGGAAGUUCUCCUCAACCGGGACCAACGGCUCGGACUCCAGCAACGGGAGUAAUGGGGAGUCGAACGGGGAGGCGUACCGCUCCCUCAGUGACCCCAUGCCGCACCGCCAGCGUUCCGUCCCUGAGGACGCAGAGAACUUUUCUGUGGACAGCAACCUCCUGGGCUCGCUGAACGCCAAGGCGGGCAUCCAGGCACCGUGGGAGGGCACAGGCAGCGCUGCCAGUGACCUGUCGGUGUGCAGUGAGUCACCGCGGGACUACAGCACGCUCCUGCGCAGCAUCGUACACGAGCCCGGCGCCAUGGACAAGCUCGGCGAUGACAAGGCCAACGGCAAGGCCGGCAAGAAGAAAUCCUUCAGCGAUCCGAGCCGGCGUGGUGAGCCAGCGGGGUCCGACGGACUAGGCUUUGUGGACUCCAGCGAGCCCAUCAGUGAGUUAGAGCAGGCCAUCCCACCCUCCAGCAGUGAGCCCAUCUUGUCAGAGCAGCGGGACGAACUGGCGGAGCUGGGCGAGCGGCGGCACCACCGGGCGGACGGCAAGGCCUGGCCACACUCAGAGCAUGUGCCACCCCCGGCCCCGGAACCCGCCCCCACCGGGGCAGCCCCCUGUCUCCCUUUCGACCCCAAGCUGGCAGAGGUACUGUCCCCCCGCAUGGCGCGCCGUAGUUACAAGAAGAGAGGCUCUCGGGUACCGGCGGCACCACCACGGCAGACCAGCGACCCUGAGCAGUCUAGCACGCCACGGGGCAAACACGUACGGCACGCCAGCGAGCCCGCCACCUUCACGCCCAUCGUGGCCCCAGAGGGGCCCCCAGUCCCCCAUCACAGUGUCCCCAUCAGCGUCCCCACGCCAACCCGGCCCAAACUGUACCCGGCGGAGCAGACCCCCUCCCUGGAAGACGUCACCAAGCAGUAUAUCCUGGCGCUGAACGUCACAGAGACACCAGCUGGCCCUUCCAUUGAGGGGUCCGGCUCUUUGCCCGGCACCCCAACCACUGGCGAACCCAAACCAAGGAAAGCUGCUGAGGACCUGGCCCCGGGGCCCCAGAAAACAGGCGAGGACCUGGCCCCAGGGCCCCAGAAGGCCAAAGUGGACAUGAGAAAGCAUGUGGUGAUGACCUUGCUGGACACAGAGCAGUCCUACGUGGAGUCUCUGCGCACGCUGAUCCAGGGCUACAUGAAACCCCUGAAACACCCAGAACAUUCACCCCUCUGCGACCCCUCGCUGGUGGACGAGAUGUUCUACCAGGUCCCUGAGAUCCUGGAGCACCAUGAGCAGUUCCUGGAGCGUGUGGUGGACUGCGUCAAUGACUGGCACGACAGGCAGACGGUCGGACACCUCCUCGUGGAGUCGUUCUCCAAAGAGAUACUAGUGAAUAUUUAUUCUGCAUACAUCGAUAACUUUCUGAUCGCCAAAGACGCCGUGAGAAUCGCCAAGGAGGCUAAGCCAGCGUUCCUGAAGUUCCUGGAGCAAAGCAUGCGGGAGAACAAAGAGAAGCAGGCGCUCGGUGACCUGAUGAUCAAGCCGGUGCAGCGGAUCCCACGCUACGAGCUGCUGGUCAAGGACCUGCUGAAGCACACCCCAGAGGACCACCCAGACCACAGCUACCUGCUGGACGCCCAGAAGAACAUCAAGUGCCUGGCAGAGCGGAUCAACAAGGGCCGGCGCAACGCGGAGGAGGCCGAGCGGGAGGCGCGGGUCAUGCAGGAGAUCGAGGCACACAUCGAGGGGGUGGAGCAUAUCCUCAACCCCCACAGGAAGUUCCUGAGGCAGGAGAUGGUGAUUGAAGCUAAGACGGUUGGCGGUAAGAAGGACCGCUCCCUGUUCCUCUUCAGCGACCUGCUCAUCUGCACGACGCUCAAGCGAAAGUCCGGUUCCCUGCGCCGCAGCUCUAUGAGCCUGUACUCUGCUGCCAGUGUCAUUGAUACCUCAAGUAAAUACAAGUUCCUCUGGAAACUGUCCUUAGAAGAUGUGGAAAUGGUCAAAGUAGGUUCUUCGCAAUCCACCAACCGGGAGAACAUCCAGAAGACCAUCAGCAGGCUAGACGAGGACCUGAGCACACUGGGCCAGAUCAGCAAGCUGUCAGAGACCCUCAGCUUCCCACAUCAGAGCCUCGAUGAUGUCAUCAAGGACCUGAUGGCAUCUGUGCACCGCGAGCUGGCGGAGAAGCAGUCUCUGGCCUUCAGCAGCACCUUCCUGCCCACCAAGCUGGAGCUGACCACCGUUUCUGCCGAGAGCACCUUCAUUUUCGAGUUCACCAGCCCCGACGCCCGCAGUGGCUUCGAGCAGACCUUGGAAGACGCCAAGAAGAAGCUUGCAGCAAUGAACAAGGACCACUGGGACCCAGAGUUCCUCAAGGCUAUCCCCAUCAUGAAGACUAGGAGUGGCAUGCAGUUCUCAUGCGCCUCCCCCAGCCACAGCCUCCCCGAGAGCCCGUGUGAGGUGUGGGUUUGCAACAGCGACGGAUACGUAGGCCAGGUGUGCCUGCUGAACAUCCGGGAGGAGCCCACGGUGGAGGCCUGCAUCGCGGUCUGCUCAGCCCGCAUUGUGUGCAUCGCCGCCGUGCCGGGCCUCAAGGGCCGUGAACGCACUGAAUCGAUUCCAAGUGCCCCUCCCCCCGACCCUACCCCCUCGGCCCAGCAGCAACUGCACAUCUCCAUCUCUGGCUCAUCGCUGGAGUUGAUGGGGCCCCCCGGUGGUGCAGGGCAGGAGCUCAUGCCCUUUGACAGCGAUGACACGGAUGACGAGGACUCCCCAAGUCCAUCCUCCACCCUACAGAGCCAGGCCAGCCACUCCACCAUCUCCUCCAGCUUCGGGAAUGAUGAGGGUGCUGGUUCUAAGGACAUGGUGACAGAGACCACCAGCUCGGAGGAGGAGCAGGAGUUCCCGGUGCCCAGUCCGUAUGGUGGUGCCGUCCUCAGCGUGGAUGGGUCUGUGGACGGCCGGGCCAUGCGGCGCUCCAGCCGUGGUUCCUUCACACGUGCCAGUCUGGACGACCUGCUGAGCAUCGACCCUGAGGCUUAUCAGAGCUCCGUCUGGCUUGGUACCGAGGAUGGCUGUAUCCAUGUCUACCAGUCGUCGGACAACAUCCGGAACCGAAAGAACAGCAUGAAGAUGCAACAUGCAGCGUCCAUCUUGAGCAUCCUGUACCUUGACAACAAGGUUUUUGUGUCUUUGGCUAAUGGGGAGGUCAUUGUCUAUCAAAGAGAAGCAGGAAGUUUCUGGGACCCUCAGAGCUCCCAGACACUAUGCCUGGGGACCCCUGGAGGCCCAGUGACCAAGAUGGUACCUGUUGCUGGGAAGCUGUGGUGCGGCUGCCAAAACCGGAUCCUCAUCGUCAACACCAACACCCUGACCCAGGAGCAUUCUUUCCAGGUUGGCCAGGACAGCAGUCGCUGUGUGACCAGCAUGGUGAGUUAUGGUCAGGGCGUUUGGAUUGCCCUGCAGGGCAGUGCUCAGGUGCGUCUCUAUCACGCCCCCACCUGUGAAUGUCUGACCGAAGUGGACGUAGCGCCUGCCGUUCACAAGAUGUUAGCAGGUUCAGAUGCUAUUAUCCGGCAACACAAGGCAGCCUGCCUGCGGAUCACAGCCUUGCUGGCCUGCAAGGACCUGCUCUGGGUGGGGACCAGCGCUGGAGUGGUUCUGACACUGGCCAUCCCGCCUGUCUCAGCCAGUGGUGGAUCUAGCUCGUUACGCGGUCCCCUGACUCCCAUGGGUUCCGCCCACGGCCACACGGGCCACGUGCGUUUCCUCACUGCCAUCGAGCUGCCAGAGGGCUUUGACCUCUGCUUCCCCCCACAGCCUGAGUCAGCUAAUCCCACCCAGAGUGGAAACAGCGGUGGUUCCGGCCUCCAAAGACGAGAUUCUGCCCGGCGACGCACCUCAGCAUCCCUCCCUGCCAAGUCCAACCUGUUGGUCAUCAGCGGGGGUGACGGCUAUGAGGACUUCCGGCUGACCAAUAGCAGCGAGACAGUGGGGCGGGAUGAUAGCACCAACCACUUGCUCCUGUGGAGGGUGUGAGUCCCGCCUCCAGCCUCAGCAUUUUGCCCAUCCUCACACUCCCCCUUCCCAAGGACCACCCCCACCGGAACUUGCCAAUCAGCACGUACUCUCUGCUAUCCCCCUUCCUAAAUGUUUUCUGAUUGGCCACCAGCAUGUCUAUGAGAAUGUGGGAAGGGGGUCCCCUCGUCCGGGUCAUGUCUUUACUAGUUUCGGUGGAUGAUUGUGUUUUACUUUCGCUGUCUUUUUUUGUGUUAGAUGUCAGUCGCGGUCUGCUCGUACUCCUGUCUCCUCACUCUGCGACCCGAGUGAGUAACAGAAAGCAAGGUCAUAUAAAAGAGGAAGGAGAGCCUGUUCUUUGAAGGUGAGAUGGAGCAGCAAGAUUAGUAUUGAAGUUAGUGGACCCGGCGCUGCUACCACGGACCAAAUCCUGAGCUAAUCCGGUUACAGUCAAUCAGGCCUGAAGUGGGCGGAGUGAGUGAGAAACGGAGAGAACGCCAACAGGACGCGACCCCCGGCUACGCGUUCCAGCCAGUGAAAAUGUGAUCUCUACUGUCAGUUCCAACUGUGACACGUCUAAUGAAGAUGCUUUAUGUAUUUAAUCUCCUGAUUGUUACUGUACAAGAGUAACGCCGCAGUAACUGAUGCGUGUGCCCAGGGGGCACUGGGCGAGGGCAUGAUAUGCCAUCAUGUGACCGCACUGCAAGUCUGUGGGAACACGCCAAGCACCAGCCUUCCAAAUCCAGCAGCUUAUUCACACAUAAUCGCUCGUUUUCCGCCAUUUUUAAGUUUUUCUUUUUAAAAUUAUAUAUAUAUAUAUUAAACAGCACGCUACUAGUUAAAGAUACAUUCUGCCUUGGUAUUGCACCGGGAAACACUUUUGUACAGUAUUUAUGUUUUAUGUUUUAAUUUUUUGUUAAAUCUUUUACAGCACUUAAUUUAAUUUUGUGUGGCUACAUGCAGCCGGUGCAGGUGGAAGGUGAAGUUUUAUUCAGGCCUCUAAGAUGUCUGUUACCCUGAAGGGCUGAACGGGCUCCUUUUAGUAUCCAGUGGAAGGAGAGUUAACCUGCCAGUCUGGCCAGUGAUGGACCAGUGGGCUCUGUUGGCAUCUGCGCAUUGGAUCCAGAUGGACGUGUUUCAAAAUCGCUUCAGAGUAGCUCUUACACCAGGACAGGGAAUCCUGACUUGAGAUUUUCUGGUUCCCACCCCCCACCCACCCUCGUCCAACGAUCUGCCCCAGGAUCCCAGUCUCACCAGGGGUCUUUCCAGUAGUGUAUGAGAAUCUCCAUUGAGUACAUUAAGGAGCUGAACUUGGAUAAGAGCCUGGUUAUGCAUCAAUUCGGCGUUUGGUAGAUGUCUCACAGGGCAGUCUGCGAGGGGAAAUCGGUUUCCUAAAUCCCAUUGCCACAUGCCAUACAGGAGCAGUGAUACACGGGGGGGGAAGCAGGAAGAGAUGUACAGAGGGGGGCCGUUUCCCCAGCCUGCUUUCCCGGUUCCCUGAUGCAUGCAGCACCGUGGGCAUUUUGUUAGCUUUAACGUCAGGGUGAGGCCACGAUCUGAGUGAGGCUGUGGCGUUCGUGUCAUGUCAGUGCACUCUCGUGCCCGGGUAUCGGUGCCAGGCUCACCAUUUGAUUCGUGUGCAUUUAGGGAGACUGCACCAUUUUCUCCAGCCCGUUUGCAAGAUCUGCUCUUCACUGGUGAUUCUUCUGCACCUGAGGAUUUGUUUUUCAGUUUACUCUGAUUCCAAGGUCUUUGACCCUCAUAUUUAAAAUCCCUGCAAAAUUGUAGUCUAGAUUCUCAUACAGAUGAAAGAUACCCCCCCCCCCCCCCCUUGAGAUGAUGUGUCUUGUCAUUGUAUAUGACAAAAUGAGGAUUUUAAAGGACCCGUAAAUUGCUGGUAUGAUGUACUUGCCGGGGGCAUGUCACGGAAGGGUUAUGGGUGCGGGGAGUGUUUGUUCAUGUGCCGACUGAGUGGAGCCAACUGCGAAGCAGAAGAUCUCUCACCAUCCAGGCAUCCCAGGAUCCUCUGCUGCAUACGCCGAGCACGAUGGACGCCACCCCAGUCGAUGAAAACCAUGCAGACAGAUAUCAGUUGUCUUGUUGCAUUCCGUAACUCGUGUUCUUGUGAAGUAGCAUUUCUGCCUGUUUGUGGAAGAAGUCCCGUGUGUAUUGUAAAUAUUGGUAUAUAUUGCCUUCUUUGUACAUAGUGUUACCGAGUCUUGAAUUUGUUGAUAUGAAUCUAAUGGCCUAUUUUUAUAUACUUGUUCUGGUUUCUGUUCUGCAGGGCCUGUGCCGCCACAUUUAAAGUAUUACAGAUGACUGUGCAGAGAUUCAUAGUGCAAUUAUAAUAUCUCAUAUCCUUGUUAUGUUUUCUGUGUCACUGUGGGUUCUUUGUCAUUAAAAAGUUCACUGGCGCAUGA